AUGCAACCCGAUGUUAUUUUAUUACUAAAUUGUAAUGAUGAAACAUUUUCUACUAAUCUAUUUUUAUCUCGAUGUACAACACAUUCAAUUGAGGAAUAUGAACGAUGGUUUGAACCAACAAUAACUGAUAAAGAAACAAUCUCUAAAAUAUUUUGUAUUGAUGAAGUUUAUCCAAUUGAUCAAUUAAUAACAUUAAAACUUCCAUCCUCGCCUAUUUUGUUUUUUAAUUCACAAUUUAUUAAUGAUAAAACUAUAAAUAAAAAUAAUAUCGUACCGUUUUUAAAAAUAUUUUCAUCACCGAUUGUUUGUAAUCAGUUAACUACUUUACUUCAUACAUUACGAUCAAUAAAAUCAUUGACGGAACAAAAUCUUAUACGUCAAGCAUGUGAAUUAGGAUCAAAAGCGUUUAUCAAAACAAUGAAAAAUUGUAAAAAAGAUAUUAAGAAUGAAUAUUUAAUUAAAGCUCGAUUUCAAUAUGAAUGUGAAAUGCUUGGUGAUAUUUCAAUGGCCUUUUAUCCAGUUGUUGCUGCUAGCGGAAGAUCAAAUGUUAUUCAUUAUCAAAAAAAUAAUCAAUCAAUAAAUGAAGAUGAUUUAAUUAUGUUAGAUGGAGGUUGUUUAUUUAAACAAUAUUCUAGUGAUAUAACACGUCUAUGGCCUAUAAAUGCUGAUCAGUAUAUGAUAAAAUAUUUACGUGAAGAAUCUAUUCUUUUACGAACAAUCGAUGAUCAUUAUGCUAAAAAUAUUAUUCGUGUAUUAUGUCCGACAGGUGUUAGUCAUCAUCUUGGUCUUGAUGUACAUGAUUGUGAAUUAUAUUCAACUUCUCAACAACUUCAACCUGGUAAUAUUAUUACCAUAGAACCUGGUCUUUAUAUUCCUUUGAAUAAUAAAGAUGUUCCACCAAUGUAUCGUGAUUUUGCGGCACGAAUAGAAGAUGACAUUUUGGUAACGAAACAAGGUUGUGAAGUUUUGUCUAAAAUGUGUCCGAAAGAAAUUGAUGAUUUAUAUCGAAUACUUGAUGAUAGAGAUAAAUCCGAUAUACAGUGA